CUGCCCGUGUCUCCUGCCCCCCCCCCCACAGAGGUGGCUCACUUCAGCCCCGGGCGCAUGUCCGAGAAGGUCCUGUUCCACCUGCUGCGUCACCCCAGCGUCAACCAGGAGGUUCCCUUCGACCCGAACAACCGGCUGAGCGCGGCUCACUACCUGUACACGCGCAACCACCCGGUGGACUACUUCAUCCUGCUGCUGCAGGGUCGCGUGGAGGUGGAGAUCGGGAAGGAGGGGCUGAAGUUCGAGAACGGAGCGUUCACGUACUACGGCGUGUCCGCGCUGACGCUGCCCUCUUCAGUGCACCAGUCUCCUGUGUCGACCCAGUGUCUCUCUCCCAGGGAUCCCUUCGAGUCCGCCGACGCCACAAGUCCGUCCAGCUAUUGUCCCGACUACACCGUCCGAGCCCUCAGCGACCUGCAGCUCAUACGGGUGACUCGUCUCCAGUACCUGAACGCUCUCAUGGCGUCGCGGGUCGGUCACAGUCCAGAUCCUCCAGAGAUUAAGAUCCUGCCCAACAGUCAGACCAAGCUGCUCAACGACAGAAACUCACAGCCAGGUACGUUUCUCCACCGUCCUCCUGGAACCAACACCAGCGACAACGUGUCCACCAAACCGCUGUGAAUCAGGACGCAGGUCUUUUAUUCUACGAUUUCCUCUCUUUAUAAAGGAAAGCUUAGUGGACUUAAAAUAUGAAGCGUGCAUGUUAGAGAGCUGUCAAUCACAGUAAGCCCCGCCCUAAAGCAUCACCUGCUUCAUGGUCUGUUAGAGAGCUGUCAAUCACAGUAAGC